CACUCACUGCACUUCCCUCCACACCAUUGCCACCAAACCCUCCUCUUCAAACCCUCUCCCACUCACCAUACCCAUCUCUUUCAGGAUCUUCACUGAGAUGAGUUUUCAUGGUUUUGAUUGAAAAAACCUAAGUCCGUGCACCAUAUGUUCUAGGCCACUCAACAUUUAGCACAGCCGACCUAACUGCACCACACACAUAUCUUGUGGUACCAUAACGGUACUGCUACUCUCACCUUUUCUAAGUUCAGGAAUAGUAGCAUCUGAUCUAAAUUCAGAACCAAGGAUCGAAUGGGUAACUCCAAUUGUGAAACCCCACGUCGAGUUGCUGUUCCUCCAAAAAAAUCUUUUUCUGCUUCUUUGAGUUCAACUUUCAAAGAGACUAUCUUUCCCGAUGACCCUUUUAGGCAAUUCAAGAACCAGUCUCCUUCCAGGAAGUUUGUAUUAGGGUUACAAUACUUGGUACCUAUCUUCGAGUGGGCUCCUAGCUAUACUUUUGAGUUCUUCAAAGCUGAUUUAAUAGCGGGAAUUACUAUUGCCAGUCUCGCCGUUCCUCAAGGGAUAAGUUAUGCAAAAUUAGCGAACGUGCCCGCCAUUCAGGGAUUAUAUUCGAGCUUUGUGCCUCCCUUGAUAUACGCCAUGUUCGGAAGCUCCAGAGACAUGGCAGUGGGUACUAAUGCCGUUGGAUCACUCCUCCUAAGUUCCAUGAUUGGGAGAGAGAUCAAUCCAACUGAGAACCCAAAGAUUUAUCUUCAGGCAGUCUUCACUGCCACGUUCUUUGCUGGAGUGAUCGAAACUUGCCUGGGGUUCUUAAGACUAGGGUUUCUCGUGGACUUUCUGUCACAUGCAGCAAUAGUGGGGUUCAUGAAUGGAGCAGCCAUAAUUGUUUGUUUACAGCAGCUGAAAGGUAUCCUGGGUCUGGUUCAUUUUACACUAGAGACCGACAUCGUAUCGGUACUGCGAGCCGUAUUCACUCAAACGCACCAGUGGAGAUGGGAAAGUUGUGUCUUGGGCUGUGUUUUUCUAUCAUUCCUCAUCCUCACAAAAUACUAUAGCAAGAGAAAACAAGCCUUCUUCUGGAUAAACGCCAUGGCGCCUCUAACGUCUGUGAUUUUGGGAAGCAUUCUAGUCUAUAUGACCCAUGCUGAGAAACAUGGUGUCCAAGUGAUUGGGCACUUGAAGAAAGGGUUGAAUCCACCAUCUGUGUCUGAACUGGGUUUCGGGUCACCAUAUCUGAUGACAGCCAUUAAAGCAGGAGCCACCAUUGGGAUCAUAUCCCUAGCUGAAGGAGUCGCAGUGGGAAGAAGCUUCGCCAUGUAUAAGAACUAUCACAUUGACGGGAACAAAGAAAUGAUCGCAUUUGGAAUGAUGAAUCUCGUGGGCUCUUUAACUUCUUGCUACUUGACCACAGGACCCUUUUCGCGGACAGCAGUGAACUUCAAUGCAGGUUGCAAGACAGCAGCUUCCAACAUUGUCAUGGCAACAGCAGUGAUGAUGACACUACUAUUCCUGACCCCGCUCUUCCAUUACACUCCCCUUGUGGUGCUCGCCUCCAUAAUCAUCGCUGCCAUGCUCGGCCUGAUAGACUAUGGGGGUAUCAUCCAUCUCUGGACGAUCGACAAAUUCGACUUCUUUGUGAGCAUAAGUGCAUUUCUUGGUGUGGUCUUCGGCAGUGUUGAAAUUGGCUUAAUUAUUGCGGUCACCAUUUCCAUGCUCAGGUUGCUUCUAUCCUUGUCGAGGCCAAGGACUUAUGCUCUAGGCAACAUUCCUAACUCCAUAACCUACAGAAGCAUUGAACAGUAUCCAGCUGCUGCUAAUGUUCCGGGAAUGCUCAUUCUCCGUAUUGAUGCUCCAAUCUACUUUGCUAAUACUAGCUACUUAAGGGAAAGGAUAUCGAGAUGGAUAUAUGAGGAGGAAGACAGGCUAAAAUCUGCAGGAGAAACCAGCUUACAUUAUGUCAUAUUAGAUAUGAGUGCUGUGAGUAGCAUUGAUGCAAGUGGAAUCCACAUGCUUGAAGAAGUCAGGAAGAAUGUCGAUAGAAGGGGUCUCCAGCUUGCAUUAGCAAAUCCUGGAAGUGAAGUGAUGAAGAAGCUGGACAAGUCGAAGAUGAUUGAAAAAAUUGGAGAGGAAUGGAUGUAUUUGACGGUGGCAGAGGCAGUGGGAGCCUGCAACUUCAUGCUACACUCAUGCAAGUCCACUUCUGCGGCUCUCACAAAUCCUGCCGCAGUUGAACCCAACACAUAUGAUUACGUGUGAUAUUCUACAAAUAAGGAUAAAGGGUUGUAAUAGUUUAAGCUCUAUUUUCCCAAACGUGGCAGUUGUAUCAAGUUAUCAACAACAUGCGGCUUGCUAUUUGAAUGGAUAUCACAGCUUUUACCA